AGUCCAUCGAAAAGUCCGCCAUUUUGUUUGCUGAACAAAGUGGGGUGGGAGGCGGUCGUUUCUUCAGCCCUUCUUUUUGACGGAGGAUUUCACCCCGUACAACUUGUUCUGUCCACACAGCACCACCAAAAUAUCUUCUCCUACGUUGCGACGAUUUUCUUCGACCAAAAAUGUCGUCAGCGUCGAGGAAUUUAGGAUAUUUGUGUGUCUUUUUUUACGGUGUUACAGUUGUAUUAGCAGCUCCACAAGAGACAGAUGCGAAUACAGCCCAUCAUGCUGAAGAUCCGGCUCAUCAGAACAAGGUGAAGUUGGCGGACGGUUACCACCCCGGCACAUCCUUCGGAUAUAUCCAGCUUGGUCAGCCAGGGUUUGGCAAGGAGGAGGCAACAGCCAGUUUGUUACAGGGAGAUUCUCCCAAUACCUGUCCAGAAGGAUGGCACUUCCACGCUCGAGUAGGCAGCUGUUACAAGGCCUUCCAAACCAAGAUGACCUACAGCCAAGCCCAGGAGACCUGCCAGCGUUUGGGCAGUUACCUAGCAACCAUCUCCAGCGACAGUGAGCUGAGGUUCAUCAUCGAGCACAAGUGGGAGGACUCGGCGGUGCAGUCGCUGAUACUGGACGGGAUCUACCAGAAGUUCUGGAUGGGGUACCACUACGUCACACAGAACAACGUUUCUUUCUGGAGAGUCACCAACAACCAAGCAGAAGCCAACAGUGACUUCAACUUCAUCCAGAGCUUCAACCCAGUGCUGAUGACUAACCAGCACGGGGACAUGCUGUGUGGACAGCUGCAGUACCUCAGGAACGAGCUGUUUGGUGACCCCCUCCUGUGGAGCUGGUACGCCAUCAACUGUGAAAACAAGUCAGCCUUUCUGUGUAAAAAAGAUCUUGCCAAGAUGAAGUGCAUCAAUAGCAAAGGAGAGAAGGUAGCGGAUGGACAGGUGUUCACGCCCCAGGGCCACGACGCCUGCAUGACGUGCACCUGUCACAUGGGUGAGGCACAGAUGUGCAUCACGGCGCAGUGCGACCGGCCCAAGAAAUGCACCAGCUACCAGAUGUCCCCUGACAAGUGCUGUGAGUUCACCUGUUUGGAUCCCAACGAGAACAACAACAGCAAUAAUUACAAUGGUUCGGAGCUGAGCAUGACCCACGGGAUGCGGCUGGUGGUCAGCUGUCUCUCGUCCUUCCUAAUCCUGUCCCUGCUCCUCUUCAUGGUGUACCGACUCCGCCAGCGCAGACUGGAGGCCAUCUAUGGCGGAAAUCACUACCGGAGGAACAGAGGGUCUCGCCACGUACGCAGAACGAGAACCAACAUCAUCCCAGCCCACCUCUUCCGCCCUCCCCCACUCUCACCUUCAGGUGAUCUGCAUGUUACUCUUCCUCCCUACGACGAUCCACCCCCACCAUACAGUGCUAUCAAGCCAGGCCCGCCCGUCACCCCUGGGGACAAACCCCCACCCCCGUACGACAUGGCCAUCAUGUUCGACUCGGAGUACGCUGGGCCGCCUCCGAGGAACACCCCGGACAACCCCAUGGGAGAAAUCCAGAGCCCGCAGAGCGAUACCAGCCCGCAGGCCGACAGCGAGACCCAGCAGCUCGUCAGACAGCAGGAGCGCGAGUCUCGGAGAUCCGCCAGCCACCACGACAUCGCGUCUCAGCGGUCCAGUCGGUGUAGCUCGCACAGAAAUUCCGCAACCUCGCAGACAUCCGCGGGAGAAGAUAGUGCAAACAGAGCAACGAGAUCGGCGAGUCGGCGAUCUUCUCCGAGACACUCUGCUGCAAGUAACAGGAGUUCUCAAACGAGCACUGAGGGUGCACUGCCAACAGACAAUACCACAGAAUCCACAUUUGUCUAAAGGCAUCAUCUAUGUUCUCUGUUUGCAGACCAGGUUGUUACUAUACCAUCGUACCUUCCUCUUCAAGCUCUGUUAUACCCCCCUCACAUGUAGUGAAAAUCGAUCGAACGACGAGUCUGCGAGCUCUAAAUUACGAGGAGGCAUGACCAUCAUGCCGACGAAGAAAUGGCAGAGUUCCCCCCUUCCCGUCAGGGUCAUGCCUCCUCGUAAUUUAGAGAUCGCAGACUCGCCGUCCGAUCGAUUUUCACUACAUGUGAGGGGGGUACUACCAGCCUUGUUACUUAUUUCGCUGUUGGCUUGCCUUUUCUACGUUGUAUCGUGAGAGGAAACUGUCAGAUUGUAAAUCUUUACUACCUUACUUUCAUUUGCUUACUGUCCUCGUAGUUUGAUCUUUCUGUGAAUAUGAGUUAUCAUGGACUAUAAUAUACCACUAGUGUCAUUUUUAAAAUUGUGUCAUGACCACGAAGCUCAGGAAAUUUUGCAGCUAUUGUUUAGGUAAGUAGCAAGCAAUAGAAAAAUGUUUUUUUACCACUCUAUAGUUUUGUAGGAAUACCAACUCACUGCCACUAAAUGGUAACUACCAGAACUGUAGUGUUGUUGAUAAUGUAUAGUUGUAACCAGCCAAGCAAAGAUACUUACAAGUUAUCUGUCUUCAAUAUAGAACAAGAAAAUGUAACGAUCGCACAUGUAAAUAUCAACUAUGCUAGAAUUGUAAAUAAGGAAGUAAAACAAGAACUUGAUUAGGUACAUAGUAUUUCUUGUUUGUGUACCUAGUAUUCUAUUUCUUGUAAUACUUGUGUCAAACAUUAAGUAAAUUGACUUGCAAAAAUUGUCAGCUACCGUAAGAUAAUAAAACCUUAUUAACCAUAAGCUGCUUUGUAAAUGUUAAUAGCAAAUGGUAAUAUCAAGUUAAUGAUUAUACAUGUAUAAAAAUACAAAUCAGACUCAUUCAGACAGUAGCAAGGUACUUAGUAGGUAGUAAUGGAAUACAUGUACUGUACUUUUUAAAGUCAAACAUAAACCUAGGUAAUGUGAUAAUGUAUGUUUAAGUAAUAACAGGACUUCAUAUGCUGAUUUUGUUUGCUUUCAAAAAUAUGUUUGGCAAUCUUGUGCAUAAAAGCAGACAGUCAUGACAAACUGUUUAGGAGUUGACGUUAAAGUUGAACUGAGUGUUACUUAGAUCAAGGAUAGUAUACUUCUUUAGCACCAAAAGUAAGCUGUUCUGAACAGUCGCAUUACCUCCAUAUCAUUAGUAUUCGUCGUUGAAUUCAUCUGUGGAUUUUUCGACAGAUGAGCAGGCAAACAGGCCCUUGCCGGUGGGUUUGGCAACCUGUUUGCCUGACCUGCACAUGACUUUUUAAGGUGAAGGAGGGAUGUGCAAAUCCUUCUCCACUCAAUGGUCUAGUGAUGCUGAAAGUCCCACAGGUGCAGGAACUGCCACAUGUAAGAUGGCCCAAGCAGAUGCAGCUUUGUUGUUUGGAGUUUCCGUCUCCUAGGAGGACUUUGUCCCAAGGAUACAAUUGUACAAGGGGUUCCCCGGACCCCUGACUUGUGUAAAUCAUGUGUUAAACAGUAGGUGAUUACCAUACCUAAUAUAGUGUACAGUCAACAGUGUUUGAAAUGUACUAUAAUAAAGCUACUUGACAAAAUAGUUACCGGUACAGCAACAAUUCGUCCCUACAGAUAGGUACAAUAUCACAGAUUGUUACAGUUGAGAAAAAAAAUCUGACAAAUUAUUUACAUCCAGUUCUCAGUUUUUCAUGAAUACCACAUACAGUCACAUUUUGGUGUGCUUUUCAGAUGAUUUGCUGGUACCUACCCUUUAUCUAAGAAGGAGCAGCUCUGAAGUAUGAAAGAAGUUUUUGGUUGCAAACCUGCUACAGUUACUGUGUUUACUGUUAUUUCUGGUAUACUGGUAUCCAGCAAUGCACAUUCAGAAAGUCUAAUGCACCCAUUGUAAAUAUUGUACAGCUGCUACACAUUGUAUGUAGGAAAAACAAAUAAAUUACAAAAUGUACUACAA